CAACGGUGUCAACGGUCUCGAAUAUUGGAAGUGAUUUUGGAGAGAACACCUACCGACACAUUCACACACACGUUGGUCGACACAUACACACACCUCCACGGUCCUCUAGACACACACACACACACACACACAUACUGGUGUUUGAACGCGGUCCAUUUCCGUCUCACGCACCUCCUGACUAUCCAUCGAUACGGCUCUUGUCUCGAAACGAAUUCGUUCGUCGAUGAGUUCUCCCCGCACUCCGGCAAGCUUGCGUUCGUCGCACAACGUCUGGUAUCCGCGUUUCCGCGAACGCUCGACCCUUCCCCACGGGCACGGUCCCCGUCCUACCAAAGCGACUCUUCCCGCAUCGUCCACACUCCAAACCACGUCGCCGUCUUCACAGAAACCCCGGACCCUGCGAUCCCUACACCGCCACAACAGUCCAACGAUGACUACCUCCAUCACAACAACGACUGCCACGACGACUACGCUUCCCCCUCACCCUCCCGUGCGUCGCGUGGUGAACUCCUCCUUGCGUGACGGCAAGCCUCCCCGCGUGUCCCCCACGUCCCCUGCCUGGAUGUCCGACUCCACGGGGGGCGCCCCGCGACCCCCACUCGUCGCCACACUCAACAACAAGGGCGUCGAGUUUCUACAAAGACAACAGUACGAACAGGCACACCAGAGUUUCUCCAAAGCCCUCCUCUUGCUGCAACAACAACAGUCACCGCCGCUUGCUCCCACGCGCCACAAGAAACCCAAGGCUACCGAGGAAAGGCACUCCUCGCCGGAACUUGAACUCGGGUUGUCUCUGCAAUGUUCCCUGGAACCGCUCGUCUUGCCCGACACUUCCUCGUCGCCUCGACGAGUCCAAACCACCGCCACGGCAAUCAAGCACCGUGCCGAAUACGACGAAGGGAUGGGCGUCUUUCAGGCACCCUUACAACUCGGGCAGUCCUCGUACUCCGACGACACGAACAGUAAUGAGCACCCGCGGGGAACACGCAACGAACCCGCCACCAUUCUCUUUAAUCUCGCUCGUGUAUAUCAUCAGCAGGAUCAUCUCGAUCAAGCUCUCGGAUGUUACCGACGCGCCUUGGUAUCGCUGCACGACGACAGUCAUCACAACGAUAUCUACCUGACUUUGGCGAUUCUGUUUGGCAUUGGACACAUCCAAUACAUGCGUGGCGAUCACGCGGAUUCGUUACAGACCUACCGUACCAGUCUGCGUUUGGCCCGUACGCUGGGCAAGGAGAGUGUACCCGUCGCGGCCUGUCUCAACUGCAUCGGCGUUCUCCACUACGUUAUGCACGAUGGUGACGUCCCCACGGCUCUGGAAAGCCUGCAAACAUCCAUACGGAUACGCACCAGCCAACUGGGGAAAUUACACGCCGACGUGGGGACGACGUGGAACAACCUCGGACGCGUAUACUUUCAACAAGGCCGUUACGGCCCGGCCAUGAAGGCCUACCGUCAAUCGCUCGCGAUUCGACGCUCCGCCCACGGAGAUUCCGUCGAUGUCGCCGCAACAUUGUUCAAUAUCGGACAAUGCUACCAUCAAGAAGGACACAAGGACAAGGCCUUGCGGCAUUAUCAAGAAUUCCUCAAACUCGCCACGCACUAUUUUGGAAAGGCGCACCGCGAUAUCUGUAUCGUGACGACCUGUAUCGGACAGGUCCUCCACGAACAAAAGGAAUUCAACAAGGCCCUCAAGGCCUUUCGACAAGCCCUACGCGUGGGACGGGCCGCCCUUGGUACCGUGCACGCCGAAAUCGCCAUUACCUUGAAUAAACUAGGCAACCUGCACUACGAAACGGGAGACCUGGACGGCGCACUCAAAGCCUACCAUCAAGGGCUGCGGGUGGAGCUGGCUGUCCUCGAACCUGGCAAUCCCAAUGUAUGCGUCACGUACACUAACAUUGCCGAAAUUCACAAACAACGAGGCGAAUUCGCCCAAGCCUUGACGCAUUACGACAAGGUACUGCGGUUGCAACGUCGCCACUCCUGUGAUCCACUCGAAAUUGCCAAUACGCUGAGUAGUAUUGGCUACGUACGGCAUCAAAAGGGAGACUACCAACGUGCCAUGGACGUGAAUCAGGAGUGUUUGCGAAUUCGGCGGGAAAUCAAGGGGGAUGUCGACGAAGAAGUGGCGUCCACGUUGACUCACAUUGCCUUGGUCUUGCUUAAGCUAGAAUCACACGACAUGGCUCUCCAAGUCUUGUCGGAAGCCUACCGCAUUCGCUCCUUGCUGAGCAAUGGACGGUCGUCGGGCGCCAAUACCGAGGCCAAACCCACGCGGGACAUUGCCUUUACGCUGUACAAUAUUGCACUCAUUCAUCACCAACAAGGUUCACACGAACAGGCUCUCCAAUUUUAUCUGGAGACGGCGCGGGUUGAAAAGGCCGCGCUCGGUGAAGCGCACAGGGACUUGUCUAUUACGGCCUACAACAUUGCGCAAGUCUACUACCAACGUGGCGACAUGGAUUUAGCCGUCGACUACUUUACCGAAGCCUUGCGAAUUGAGAGGCUUUGUUUUGGACCGGAUCAUGUAACGUGCGCCCGGACCUUGAACGAAAUUGGUAACAUUGAACUGCAAAGGGGUAAUUUGGACGCCAUGCUGGGGUGCUACACGCAAGCAUUGCGGAUAUAUCGACACCACCACGGGGCGGUCGGUGACGAGCACUUGGUGAUCUACGGACGGUCCUUGUGGAGAUUUGAAGUGGUCCAACCCGCGGCGGCCGGGAUGGCCUAA